UCUGCUUCUCUAGUUGCUGUGCUGCACAGACUGGAAUUUAAGGGGCGGGCGUUGUGUAGUCUCUGUCGAAUAUAUAACAAGAGCUUUAGUUAAAGGAUUCAACCGGUAAAACUAGCGACUGGUUUGUGCGGGAAUUCGUUCGAGGGCCAUAAUCUUCAAGGGAUCAAGGAUUACAAAUCAACAUGAGUGACAAGGGUACCAUCUCACCAAAAGAGGAGGGAGCAGAGAAGAGAGGACGUGGAAGACCAAGGAAACAGCCACAGGUGAAAAGUGGUUGUGAUGAGCCCAGUGGGUCCCCUACUCCAAAGAGGCCCAGGGGAAGGCCAAAGGGUAGCAAGAACAAGACUGUCACCAAGGGCAAGAAGGCACCAGCAGCCUCAACUGCAGGGAUGAAACGCAGGGGAAGACCCAAGAAAGAGCUACCAGGUGUGAAGUCAACUACACCUGGAGUCUGUCGUGUCCUCUUUGAAACAACGCACAUUCCAGAUGGCACUGAUAGCUCCGAAAUUAGGAAUUGGCAAAUUUUGGCCUAAAAACUGACCCGUGGGACUCGUCUUCACGCGAUUCUGAAGACAGCUGGGAUGAGGUAAGCAAUGAUUGUUAAUAAUCUAGCUUUGCUUGUAGUUGAGCUUUGCGUUAAGGAGAAUGUGUUCAUUAGGUGUUUUGUGGUAUUGAAUUUGUUGUUGCUGAAACUGUAACCCUUAGCUGUACAUAACUAUACCUAACUAUACUAAAAGACUCAUGUCUUUUUCUUUAAGGGAGAACAAACCCCAGAGGAGACCUCGGACUCUGAGGACCCUUAUGUGCGCUGUCUUUCCAUCGUCAAAAUGUAUUCAUUGUAUUUACAACAGGGUGAAAAGAUUGAGCAGGCGAGAGGGAGGCUAGGGAAUAGUUUGCAUGCAAGCCGUAUGCUGGAAGCUAUGGUUACAUUUGAGGCCAGUUAUCCGCCAGAUCUAUACAAAUGUUUUAAGUCUGUAUAUCUCCCGGGCCUGAUUGAGAGCCAGCAGAAAGAGCUCAUGGAAGUCUUGGCAAGCAAGCCUGCACUGGACUGAGAGACGUAUUAAAGGAUGCUAUGCAUUUCUGUUUAUGCUAUGUUAUAAAGCUAUUGAGGAACUGUCUUUGCCUUACAGACAUGCUGUUUAUUGAUUCGAUAUUGCACUGGAGUGAACCACUGUUACUGAUUGGAAACACAGAUCCGUUGGUCCGUAUUGUAUAUGCUUUGUGUUAUGUACAUAGUAUUUUAUACAUAUUUACAGAUCCAAUCUUCUGUUUUUUUUAUUACUAUUAAGUGUAUGUUGAGUUCAUUGUCUUGAGUGAGUCUUUGAAACCGACUAGGUAUAGUUGAAAAUACAUGUUUAAGUUAAAUCUAUUACAUUUUUUUAAUGGGCUUAACUACAAUUUCAUACAUCACUGUUGACAUAGUGAUACAUAUUUCACUCCAUUCUUCAAAAAAUGUCUAGGAUAAAGGAAUUGUUGCAAAAUUAUUUAAAAACUACAGUUUAAUCCGGCACAAACCAACCGAACUUUGCCUCCACUGUAAGCAUACUCGGGCCUUAAAUAAAAUAAGCGUGAGUGUAGCCUACUCCCAAAAGCCUGUGUUGCAUUAGUCACAGCGGGGAAUGACCCAUAGUUACCCACCUAACUGGGCUCUCUUUUUAUGAAUGAACUCUCCUGCGCCAGAGUGGGAGGAGUUGGUGGGAGUUUGAGGUAGAGGGGAGGUAAAGCGGGAGGGAGGGAGCGAAGGAUGCCUCAAUGUGUGACUCACCACUCAGAUGAGUCACUACAGAUGGCCAAGUCCUCCCCUGGGGGCUCUAGGGACUUUCACGCUGGUUUUGUUUAUCAGUGAGAUGUGAUCAACAUGCACACUCCUUCUUCCACUUCAAUACUCCGAUGUUUCACUAGCAAGGCCACUGUACAAGUCCCUCCCAAAUCCUAAAGACUCCCAAUAGAUACCGUUGUUCAUAUUGCAAGGCAGUUAUUGUUGUUGAAAGAUUGAUGCACUUCUUGUGACUUAUAUUUGAUGAGAUCCCUUUUUCUUACUGUGUUAUAUUUUUGGUGUGAACCAGUAGAAACAUGGGUUGACUGUGGUCUGUGUUUGGUUUCU